UGUGGGUCCGACGCCGUAAGGUUUUUGGCUCCUUCUUCUCACAGGCACAACCAAAGUUGGGACAGUAAGUGGAGUGUCAUGGAUUUAAGCUGAGAGUGCAGGGCUUGGUGACAGGAAGACCACUGUGGGAGCAGCAGCUUGCAUCGUGCAGUUAAACAUUUGCUGUCCACUCAUUGUGAGGUGCUGAAAUGCCCCUUUUGCGACGAUGUCGGCACCUCCAUACAAGACCAAUCCUCUCUACCUGACCGUCUACACCAUCACCUUAAUGACCGGCUGGCCGACCAACCUGCUCGCCCUGUACGCCUUCUACAAGAAGCUGAGGCGCAAGGCCACUCCCAGCGUGAUCUUCAUGAUCAACCUGACUCUCUCAGACAUCUCCUUUCUCACUUUCCUUCCGAUCAAGGCCAUUGAGGCAUCCGGGGACAUGAUCUGGAUCCUUCCGCGCUCCCUGUGUCCGCUGAGCGGCCUUUUCUACUUCAGCACCAUCUACAGCAGCACCCUGUUCUUGACGGCGGUAAGCGUGGACCGCUACCUGGGAGUGGCCUACCCACUGUGGUACAAGAUGUAUCGGAAGAGCUCCUACGCCCUCGUCGCCUGUUUCUGUCUGUGGGUUUGCGCUUUUGCCCACUGUAGCGUGGUCUACGUCACGGAGCUGAAUCGGAACUGGAGUACUCUGAGUAACGAGUUCAUCUGCUACGACAAUUUUAGCGAGAAGCAACUGACGUUCCUCCUGCCUGUGCGCCUGGAGCUCGGCCUCAUGCUCUUCUGCAUCCCGUCCCUCAUCACCUCCUUCUGCUACUGCAGCUUUACCAGAAUCAUCCUGUCCUCUCCACACAUUUGCAAGGAGAAGAAGCAGAGGUGCGUCGGGCUGGUCCUGGCCACGCUCGCCGUCUUCCUCAUCUGCUUCACGCCGUACAAUGUCUCCCAUUUUGUGGGCUACGCCCAAGGCAGCAGUCCCACGUGGAGAGGCGACGCUUUGCUCCUCAGCACCUUCAACGCCUGCCUCGACCCCAUUAUCUUUUACUUCUCCUCCACGGCUGUCCAGAAGUCCUGUAGGAGCUGUCUGCGGGGUCUGCAGAUCAAAGAGUGCACCAACAAGCCCAUCUUUUUCCUCUCCAACAAAAUGAGGUCCGAUGAAAAGAACCCCAACGUGGAAGAUCGAUGCUGAGCACGGAUUGCUGAACUUUCAGCGGCAUUUCAUGUUGUCUCGGCUCGGACUGACCGAGGGUUCCUUCCUCCCGGAGGGUCGCCAGAUUACACAGCAGGACUUUCUUGGCCAGUGGGCUAAUGGAGAUCUCCUUCGGUGACCCCGCAGGCUGCUAAUUCCAAAGGUGCCUCUUUGCAACUCAGCUUAUCGAAAAUUGGAACCCACAAAUCCUGAAGGUGCGAUGGAUUCCCAUCAGAGAGGAGUGGGGGUCCAUCCUUGGACGUGACCACUUUGUGGCUUUCUGCAUUGAAUUCCCAGGAUUUCCAGAGCUGCCGAUGACUUAACCAGAUGGCUUUGAGUCUUUGUAAGAGGGUCUGGUUGAUUCCACAGAGUCGGAAAUGGAAAAGCGGUCGUAAUCACAACAGCAGGACUUCGAUGAACUCUCAAUGCCACUGACUUGAUGAAAUGAGGCGUUACGUGGCGCGGUGUGUAUGUUUGUGGUGGGCACACGCUUAACCUGGGAAAGAUUUAACUGGACCCCCAUGCUGUUUCUUCUCCACUGGGUCUCGACGUACUUUGAUGCUGUGACUGUGCUUUCUUUAAGGGUGCUGCACAAGUGCCAUUAAGGUGUCACAUUAGCCCGGUGUGUAUGCUGGGAUACCUCCCUCUUGCAGUCACCCCUGUACUAGACCAUAAUGGACAUCUGGGCAGAACAUGUGGAAACGCCAACAGGGGGUCACUUACUACAGCACUCCACAUGCUCACCCGAGGACACGGCUCUAUUCUUAGAUGACAAAGUCAUUCUUCUGUGGUGAAUAGCUUUUGAUGACAUACUUGUCAGAUAUUCGAUGACCAAUCACAUGGAUAAGGACAGUUUUUCCUUAUGCCUUUAAGAAAGAAAUGGGGCAACUCAGGAUGAGUCAGAGGAGAACGCACUGCUCCGUGUGCCAUGACGGUGCCCUUCCCUGUUGGCCCAAACCCCUAAGGUCUGCGGGCUUCUCCUUGUGCAGGAUGUGGUGAAGAAGGAGUCACCGUCUGGUGGGCCCUUCCUGAUCACAUUUAAUGUCACUUAGCACUUUGUGUCACUUGAACGGGAUGUGCUGUCCUUCUAGCAGAGCUCUUGAUAACACUGCACCCUUGUGUCCGAGUUUGGGAACUGCAGUCUGAUGAGGAACAAACUAAUGGAAGGCUCAUCUGCUUUGACUCGAAUGAAGAGCACCAAGGCCGGGGCAGCACUGGACUUUUAGAAGUGCGUCCUGCCCGGUGGGUUUGUUUGACCGGCUUAUCACCGAGUUGAUCACAUUUCGUUUUUUGUUUUUUUAUUGGUUGUCAGAAAACCCCAUUUUGCAUGGAGGAUUACCCACAAAGAGUUAAAUGCAAUCUGACAUGUAAAAUCCGCUGAAAUGCAAUGAAUGUUUGUCUCCUGCAUUUAAUGUUUGCACUCUAUGUUUGUGUCAUAAUUAAUUAAGAAAUCGAUCGACACGCCACGCCACGCCACGUCGCAUUUGUGCCAUUUUGAAAUGCAUUACAAAGUAAACUCACAUUCCAGAUUUGAGGGGCACAACAGCAGAAGGGCGCCCGCCUCACCACUUCUUUUAAGUUUCGCUCUUGGAAUUCUAAGCAGACCCUCAUGUGAAGAUCUGAGGGUCCGAUUUGGAGUGUAAGGUGAGAGACAUUCGGAGAUACAGGAUACAGGAGCAGAUUAGUGAAGGCUUUGUAAACCAUCAGCAGGAUUUGAAAGUCAAUUCUAAAUGGCACUGGU